UCAUGUGUCAGUGAACAGCAGAGACUCCAGGCAGCUGCUCUCUGCAGGUUUGAUGCCCCGUUCAAAGGCUGGUUGCUUAUGCUGAAAAUGACGCUGCCUCUCCGCCGUGUAGGAAUGGCAACCACUGGGAACCUUUCUGAAGAGCAGGUGCACUGCUCCAUCUGUCUCGACGUCUUCACCAACCCCGUAUCCAUCCCCUGCGGACACAACUUCUGCCAGGGUUGCAUCCUGGGAUACUGGAAAACCAGCCCUUUGUUCCAGUGUCCCAUGUGUAAGAAGUCCUUCCACAAGAGGCCUGAUAUUAGCGUCAACACUGUGCUGAGGGAGAUCGCAGAGCAGUUCAAGGAGAUUAGGGUUCGAGGUGUGGAAGGGAAGGUGAGCAAAGAGGAGGAAGAGGUGAAAGAAAAGAAGUGGACGAUGGAGAGAAAGAAAAAGGAGGAUGAGGAGAGGCUUUUGGAGAAAGACCAGAAGCAGCAGCUUCUGGAGGAGCUGAAGGAGAAGCAAGUGGAGGAGAGGAGGAAGAAAGAGCAGUCAAAGCAAAAGCCAGAAGAGAAGAAGCCACUACGUGAGGAGUUACCUCCGUUAAUCCCUCCUGUGUUCUUACCCAAAACCUCUCCGCCCUCCCCCCAAGCCACCGCUCAGGAUCCACCACCUCCACUGCCCCGGACCUCACCUCCACCCUCACCUCAAACCCUACCUUCCUCCUCACUCCCACAUCCCUCCUGGGAGGAGGAUGUCCUGUGCGAUGUCUGCCUCGGGGAGGGAAGGCCCAAAGCGGUCAAAGCCUGCCUCGUGUGUCUGACUUCCUACUGUGAGGAGCAUCUGAAGUCUCACUCCGCCAGGUUCACCAAGCACAAGCUAAUGGAUCCUGUUGCUAACAUGGAGGACAGGAUGUGUCCAAAGCAUGAGCGUCUCCUGGAGCUGUUCUGUAAGAAGGAUCAGACUUGUGUGUGCGUGCUCUGUACCGAGACGGACCACAGGGCGCACUACACUGUCCCGGUGGAGAGGGAAUGGAUGGAGAAAAAGGCCCAGCUGAAGAGGACAGAAAUAGACGUCCAGCAGAUGAUCCAGGACAGAGUGAAAAAGAUGGAGGACAUUAAACACUCUCUAGAGCUCAGCAAAGCCAGUGCUCAGAGAGAGAUCGAGGAAAGCAUGCAGGUCUUCUCAGAGCUGGUGCGCUCCAUCCAGAGGACUCAAGCCGAGCUGGUUUUGGCCAUCGAGGAGAAGCAGAUGCAGACGGAGAGGUGGGCCGGAGGCCUCAUCACUGAACUGGAGCAGGAAAUCUCUGAGCUGAAGAGGAGGAACACAGACCUGGAAAAUGUGGCUCGGACCGACCACAUUAAUUUCUUAAAGAGCUUCCCCGCCCUUAGCACUCCACCAUCUGUUAAAGACUGGUCUGAGACCAGUGUUCCCACUGACAUGUGUGUGGGUAUGAUCAGGAGAUCUGUGGCAAAACUGGAGGCAACAUUGAAUGAAAUGAUCAACAAACUGUCUGAGAGCGAGAUCCAAAGGAUUCAGAAAUAUACAGUGGAUGUCACUCUGGACCCUGACACAGCCAACCCGUGGCUGCAGCUUUCUCAGGACAGACAUCAGGUGAGACACCUGGGAGCGUGGCAGGACCUCCCAGACCACCCUGAGCGCUUUGACACGGUGGUCAUCGUCCUGGGCCGUGACGGUUUCACCUCUGGGAGACAUUACUGGGAAGUCCAGGUGGGGGACAAGGAUGACUGGUAUCUGGGAGUAGCCAGGUCUUCUGUGAACAGAAAGGGCAGGAUCUCUGUGAGCACCACUCAAGGCUACUGGGCUCUGGCCAUGAAGAAAGGCCAGGGGUACCGGGCGUCAACAUCUCCACCGUUACUGCUCCCCCUCGACCCCAAGCCCAAGCGAGUGGGCGUAUAUGUGGACUACGAAGAGGGGCAGGUAUCAUUUUAUGACGUGAGAGCUCGGACUCAUAUUUACACAUUCAAAGAUACGUUCACGGGGAAGAUUCUGCCGUUUUUCUACCUGUACUGCUGCGACAAAGCCUCUGAUACCAUCAUGAUCUGUCCUGUGAAUGAGAAAACCCUGAUCAAGUAAAACUAAGGACAUAUCUGACAGUAAAAACAACACAGGGAAGCUCUUGUGAAAAGUGAAUACAGCCUGUAUUUUGUCAUAGGCUAACCUGCUUUAAUCAAAUCCCGUGUUUUAUGUUUUAUGUAUAUUUAUUACAUGUAUAAUUUAGUUCAACUAAUAUGUUAAUUGUAUAUGUAAUUGUAAAUGUGUUGUAUUGUUUGCUUUCUUGUUGGGAGUUAAAUAAGAAGAUUAAGACCACUGUCAUGUCUGUCUGUUUAAUAUGAAGCACCAAGCAGCAGGCAGUUAGCGAGUCUGAGGAGAGACAGCUAGCUUGACUCUGUCCUAAUGUAACACGAUCUAAAUGUAACCAGUACUUCUCAAAUUCAGUCAUUUUAAGGAAUAGGUUGACAUUCACUACCUUUUUUUUUUUUUUUUUGCUGAGAGUUGGAUGAAAAGAUUUACACCACUCUCAUGUCUGUGUGCUAAAUAAGCUAGGAGGUUAGCUAUUAGCAUAAAGACUGGAAACAAGAACAUUUUUUUGUUUUUUGGAUGGAUUAAACAAACUAUUAUGUGUUAAUUGGUGGACUAUAAAGGAAGGCUAAAUUUGUCAUCAGUGUUCACAGCCAGCCAAGCUGUUUCCAGUCUUUACACUAAGCUAAGCUAACCAGCUGCUGGUGGUAGCUUCAUAUUUACAGACAUAUUAGUCUUCUCAUGAAACUUUUGGUAAGACUGUGUACUUCCUAAAAUGAACUAUCAUUUUAAAUGCAUGACACAUAAAAAUAAAUAAAUAAAUAAAUAAAAAUAAAGUGUAGUUUUCACUUUAACUUUCAUAAUUGCAUGUUGGUUUUUAAUGACGUUUGACUGAUAUUGUAAAGGCUGUAUGCUGUAAGAGAAAUGUGUUCAUGGUUUACAACAAUAAAUGUUCUCUCAAAUA